CGAAGGUGCCCGUAACGCUAAGCCUAAUGGAAUUACAUUUGCAACUCUCAUGUCUCUUUUUGGUACGGCUGGUGAUCUCAGGGCUGUGCGUGAAUGCUUUAAGGAAUAUAAGUCAAUCAAAAACUUCCUUCCUCACCAUGAUCCCGCCUUUGUAUACAAUGCAUUCGUAUACGCUCAUGUGGAUGCUGGCGACAUUAAGGGUGCGUUAGAUGUGAUCGAGAAUGUGAUGGUAAAGGAUAAGGUUGAUAUUUCUAUCUUGCCUUACAACAAAAUUGUGCGUAGAGUUUGUAUCGACGGAAAUAUGGAGACCGCCGAAUCGAUCCUAUCUAAGCUCGAAUCCGAUGUCUCUUUACCCAAUCCUGAUGCGAACACUUAUGGUGUAAUGUUGUCGGCUCAUUGUCGUGCCCAAGACCUUGACAAGGCUAACAAGGUUUAUCAAAAUUUAUUGAACCACGAUUUUUCUAAGCAAUAUGGACAUUUAGCCGAUUAUGCCUACGCAUGUACUGGAAACAAUAUGCCUGAUCAAGCAUUCAAAGUAGCCAAGGAUAUGACAGCUCGUGGAUUAGAAUUGGAUGCCAACUUGGCCCAAAAGAUUGUGACGUCGUACAUGGAUAAUGGUAGAAUGGAUGAUGCCGUCUCCGCCCUUCAAUCCGUUGUUGAACUUCAUUCCAAAAACAACUUUUUGGAUGCAAAAUCACCUGUGGCUGAUUUAGCAUUUGAUGUGAUUCUUAAAUGUAAGAAUCUCAGUUCAGCGUUAUCAAUUCUUCGUUUGAUGAACAAUUAUUCCAUUCACCCUACACCUCUUGUAUCCGAUGCUUUACUGAACAUGUACGAAGAGGCCAAGUCUAACACCGAUCAAUGGAAAAAGGUGUCAAGUGAAAUCAACGAUCGUACCUUCUUUACCUUGUAUGAUGCUGCUUUCCGCAAAGAUAGUGAUCCUGAACAAUUUUGCAAGCUCGCUUUUGAGCUUCUCAAUGAUAUGCGCAGUAUGAAUAUAUCUCCCUCUGCUAGUCUCUAUGUCCGUGUGUUAACUCGUAUGAAGAGAUGUAAGAAUACUGAUUAUGAAACUCGUUGGAAAGAAGCAUUAGCUCCAUACAUGAAUGCUAUCCAAGAUCAAAUCAAGGCCGACAACAAAGCCGAGAUGAAAGCCGAAAAGGUUGCUACUGAAGCUAUUAAGGAUGGCGAAACAGUUGCUUCUCGUCCCGCUCCUGCCAAUAUUACCACAGAGUCCGAUCUGCUCUCUGGUACCGCUGUAGAGCUUUGUGUAGAUGGUAAAUUUGAUGAAGCUCUCGAAGUUCUUACAAAUAAGAUUAUCAAGCAAGGCAAGGUCCCCACUCCUGAAGCUGUUCGUGAUAUGAUCCAACACUCUACCAAGAUCUCUCGCUUGGAUAUGGCUCAAGACAUCUACAAGACUGUUAUUGACUCUUUCAGUGUCUUAGAAGGAAGCCGUAAGCACCGCGGUUACUCAGUUGUUUAUAACGCCAUGUUAGUUGCCCAUGCUCGUAACGGUGAUCUUGAGUCUGCGAAGGUAUUUUAUGACAAACUUCGUGAACGCAAUUUAUAUCCCGAUGGUGAUGCUUAUGGUUCCCUCUUGGCUUGUAACUCCAACUCUACCACUGAUGAAUCUACUGAUGCCCUUGCUAUUUAUGAAGAAGUUAAGAAACACAAUGUUCGUCCUACUGUUUAUCUUUACAAUGUCAUCAUUUCUAAAUUGGCCAAAUGCCGUAAGAUCGAACCUGUUUUACAUCUUUUUGAUGAAAUGAAACAAGUCGGUAUUACCCCCAACUCCAUUACCUAUGCUUCUGUUAUUUCUGCCUGUAUCCGCUGUAGUUCCGAGAGUCGCGCCGCUCGUUAUUUCCAAGAAAUGAUUUCAGCACCCAGAUAUCAGCCUCGAAUUGGUGCUUACAACAGUAUGAUUCAAUUCUAUGUUCAAGAAAGACCUAAUCGUGAGAAGGCAAUCGAGUAUUACAAUCUUUCCAAGAAAUAUAACUUGAAGCCAUCUCAGCAUACAUACAAGUUACUUAUGGAAGCAUAUGCUAAUAUUCCUGCCUAUGACAUGUUGACUGCCCAUAAGUUAUUAACCGAAAUGAGCAAGCGUCAUGGUCUUCGCCCUACUGCUAGUCAUUAUGCUACUUUAAUUCGCUCUUAUGGUUGUCUUCACCGCGAUGUACAAUCUGCAUUAGCUGUUUACAAGGAAAUGAAGAAGUCUGGAAUCAAGGCCGAUGAAACUGUUUAUCAAGCCAUGUUGAAUACCUAUAUUGAUAACAAUGAUAUUAAAAAUGCUGAAGAGCUCUAUCAAGAUAUGAUUAAGGAAGGAGUUAAAUCUUCUCCUUACAUCGAAAAUUUGUUUAUUGCUGGUUAUGGUAAUCAAGGACAAUUGGAUAAAGCCGAAAGUGUAUUCAAAAAGAUGAGCGACGAUAAUUUAGUCAGAGAACCAAGCACUUAUGAAGCAAUGGCUAAAGCUUAUAUCGAGAAUGAUCAAAAGGAAAACGCCGGAAAAAUUGUAGAACAAAUGCGUGCCCGUGACUUCCCACCAAAGGUCGUCGAUGGUGUCGUUCAUAUGAUUAACUCUACAAAUUAGAUUUUAUUCUAUACUUCUCUUGUCAUAUAACCCCAUCCUCCCUUCCUCAUUCUUAUUAAUUACUAUUAUUAUUUGUACAUUCCUGUUGUAAAAUUAUUAAACUCUUUUAUCAUUUAUUUUGCUCUUUUGUUUUUUAUUUGUUUUUUUUUUG